AAGAAUGAAAGUGAUAAUGAAGUGACUGUUAGGACAAGGAGUGGACAACUGAGUGGCCGGGCGUUGGAUGUGUUCGGACAGACGGUCUACGCGUUCGUCGGCGUUCCGUACGCCAGUCCACCGUUGGGUGAACUCAGGUUUUCGUCGCCACAGCCCGUGAAACGAUGGCCAGGAGUGCGAUCGGCCACACAAUUCACGCCAAUGUGUCCGCAAGUGAUUAUUCCCAAAACACUUGUGGACAUGAAUUAUAUCAGCGAAAACAUAUCGGAAGACUGUCUGAGUCUUAAUAUAUGGACGCCUGAAAUACGGCCCAAGAAGUUGAGGACAGUUAUGGUUUGGAUACACGGCGGAGGCUUUCUGUACAACUCGGCUAAUAUUCAUGAGAAAGACGGACGCGUUUUGGCUAAUUAUGGCGAUGUUGUGGUCGUUACCAUCAAUUACAGAGGAGGCGCCCGGAAAUAUGGGUAUAUAUGA